CAGCUAGGCUCUCUCUAGUUCAGAACUGUAUAUCAUGCAAAUUAUCAGUCCUUAUUUUAGAACUCUAUGCCGUGUAACAGUAUUUUCAUUUCAUCUCUGAUGACUUGCCUUACUUUAUGAUUUGAUUAUGUGAACCUGCCCCCUACCCCCACCUAAUGUUAUUACCACUUCCUGAGCCUUUACCUGAAGCUCAGCAAGGUGAGGUGUAAGGUUGCAGUGAAUAAUCUAUGUAAGUCAUUCAUUUUGCACAUGUAGAAGUGAAGCCAUAAUGCCUGAAUUCAGUUCCUGGCUGUGUCACUUUUUAGCUAUGACCUUGGGUAAAUUAAUCACUCUGCCUCUCAGUUUUUUCAUCAUCUAUAAAAUGAAACCUGUCUUACAAGGUAGUAGUAAUGAUUAAAUGAGUUAGUAGAUGUUAAACACUUAGAGAACAAUGCCUGGCCCAUAUUAAUUCCUUCAAAAGUUAGCUCUUAUUAUCAUUGUCAUGUGUAGAGUGAAUUCUACAAAUGAAGUAGCUAGGUUCAAAGGGUGUUUUCAUUUGUAACUUCAGGUGUUGUCAAAUAGUCCUCCACUGAAAUUGUGCAUGUUUACAGUCAUGGCAGCAGUGUACGUGAAUUCCUGUUUCCCCACCCAUGUGCUAUCAAACUUCAAUAUUUGGCGAGACAUGGGUCUAUUUGGGGUGCUGAAUGAAAUUGCAAACUCGGAGGAGGAGGUAUUUGAGUGGGUGAAGACUGCAUCCAGCUGGGCCCUAGCACUCUGCCGAUGGGCCUCUUCCCUUCAUGGGUCCCUGUUCCCACACUUGUCUCUCAGGAGUGAAGAUCUGAUUGCUGAAUUUGCCCAAGUCACAAACUGGUCCAGCUGCUGCUUGCGGGUCUUUGCGUGGCACCCCCACACCAACAAGUUUGCGGUGGCCCUGCUUGAUGACUCGGUCCGUGUGUACAAUGUCAACAGCACCAUAGUCCCCUCUCUGAAGCACCGGCUGCAGCGAAAUGUGGCAGCUCUGGCCUGGAAGCCCCUCAGUGCGUCUGUCUUGGCUGUGGCCUGCCAGAGCUGCAUUCUCAUCUGGACCCUGGACCCCACCUCCUUGUCUACCAGACCCUCUUCUGGCUGUGCCCAAGUGCUCUCUCACCCUGGACACACACCUGUCACCAGUUUGGCCUGGGCCCCCAGUGGGGGGCGGCUGCUCUCGGCUUCCCCUGUGGAUGCUGCUAUCUUGGUAUGGGAUGUCUCGACAGAGACCUGUGUUCCCCUCCCCUGGUUUCGAGGAGGUGGGGUUACCAACCUGCUCUGGUCUCCAGAUGGUAGCAAAGUCCUAGCUUCUACUCCUUCAGCUGUCUUUCGAGUCUGGGAGGCCCAGAUGUGGACUUGUGAGAGGUGGCCUACUUUGUCAGGGCGAUGUCAGACUGGCUGUUGGAGCCCAGAUGGAAACCGGCUGCUGUUCACUGUAUUGGGGGAACCACUGAUUUACUCCUUGUCAUUCCCAGAACGCUGUGGUGAGGGAAAGGGGCGAGUUGGAGGUGCAAAAUCAGCAACAAUUGUGGCAGAUCUGUCUGAAACAACAGUACAGACACCAGAUGGAGAGGAAAGACUCGGGGGAGAGGCUCACUCCAUGGUCUGGGACCCCAGUGGGGAGCGUCUGGCUGUGCUCAUGAAAGGAAAUCCACGGGUCCAGGACGGUAAGCCAGUCAUUCUCCUUUUUCGCACUCGAAACAGUCCCGUGUUUGAGCUACUUCCUUGUGGCAUUAUCCAGGGGGAGCCAGGAGCCCAGGCCCAGCUCAUCACUUUCCACCCUUCCUUCAACAAAGGGGCUCUGCUCAGUGUGUGCUGGUCCACAGGCCGAAUUGCCCACAUCCCUAUGUACUUCGUCAAUGCCCAGUUCCCACAUUUUAGCCCAAUGCUUGGCCGAACCCAAGAGACCCCAUGUGGGGGCGGGGGUUCUAUUCAUGAUCUGCCCCUCUUUACUGAGACAUCCCCAACUUCUGCUCCUUGGGACCCUCCCUCAGGGCAACCACCUGCUUGGUCCCACUCCCCUCACUCCCACUUCUAAUAAAGAUUUCGUUCUGUGUUUUCCAUUCA